GAAUUCUAAAAAAGAAGCCGAUUUAAACCUGGCACAGGCUCGUAUGAGAGACCUUGAUGCUCAGCUGAACGCGAAGGAAGCUGACUUAGCAACAGCUUUGAGGGAGAACCGAAGUUUGGAGCAUGACCUUCAGGAGUUAAAGGAUCAAGUAGUCACUCUGAAGCUGUCUCUGGAAGAUACCAAAAAGCAUCUCCACAGUGAAAUAUUGAGGAGGGUGGACCUGGAAAAUCAUAUGAAAACUUUGCAGGAACAAAUGACAUUCCAGAAGCGCCUUCAUGAAGAUGAGCUCAAGGAGACAAAAAGAGUCUAUGAGAGCAGGAUAGCAGAAAUAGAAUCUGGCCGUCAGAGAGAAUUUGAGAGUAAGCUCUCGGAUGCUCUGCAGGGGCUCAGAAAACAACAUGAAGAACAAAUUCAAGGAUACAAAGAGGAGCUGGAGCGAACAUUCAGUGCAAAAAUGGAGAAUGCCCAGCUAUCUGCAGCAAGAAACAGUGACUUUGCCAAUGCUGCUCGGGAGGAGCUGAUGGAAACAAAGCUGAGAGUUGAUACUCUGACAUCUCAAGUUAAUCAAUAUCAAAGCCAGAAUGUUGCUUUGGAGAACAGAAUAAGGGAGCUACAGGAGACACUAGAUUAUGAUCGUGAUCUCCAUCGAAGGCGUAUGGCUGAAAAAGAGAAAGAAAUGGCACAAGCCCAGCAGCAGGCACAAGCACAGUUGGAAGAAUAUGAGCAUCUCUUAGAUGUGAAACUGGCUCUAGAUCUGGAAAUAAAUGCCUACAGAAAGAUGCUGGAAGGAGAGGAGGAGCGGCUAAAGCUGUCACCCAGUCCAUCUCCACACAGCACUGUAACUCAAGCAACAAGUCAAGGGCGACGGUUCCUGCAUGGGAAAAAAAGGAAAAUGAAAGAAGCCAAAAAGAGAGGCCAUAGUGCUGGAUUUAAGACUGUUCAGCACGCUUCAUCUUCUGGAAAUGUAUCUAUUGAAGAAAUUGAUGCAGAUGGGAAAUUUGUGAGGCUUAAAAACAACUCUGAUGAGGAUCAACCACUACAUGGAUGGGUGUUAAGAAGACAUCUUGGAAGCGUGUCAGAUGUAACAUACAAAUUUCCUUCACGGUUCAUUCUUCCAGCGGGCCAAGUAGUUACAAUCUGGGGUGCAGCUGCUGGUGUAAGCCCAGGUCCUAGUGAUCUGGUCUGGAAGUCUCAGAAGUCUUGGGGAACUGGGGAUAAUAUUGGUGUUACACUCAUCACAGAUGAUGGUGAGGAACUUGCAGAGAGGAAGAUAAUGCAUGUACCCAGAGGAGAAGAAAGUGGUGAGCAAGAUGAUGAUUAUGAAGAAAUAACUGGAAGUGAAAUGGAGUUUCCAUCUCAGCAAAAUGAGGAUCCUAGCUGUUCUAUCAUGUAA